CCUUUGGGCAGUUACACGCACCCAUCUCCGCGCCGCGCACACGACACGAUCCGUGGUUGGUUGGUUGCCCGCGCCCGCCCGCCUAUAUCCUCAUCCCCAUCGCCGGUUCCGCCACCACGUCCGCCCCCCGCGUCGUUCUCCCCCCGCUCUCUUUCCCCUCCCGACCUCCCUCCGGAGCAAGAAUCACCGGAGGAGCCCGGCCCCAGACCCAAACCAAGCCAGCGCGGGCGUGAGCGGCCAUGUCGUACUACGGCGACCGGCGCCCGGAGUCGUCGAUCGUGGAGGCGUUCACGCUGUCUCCGCUGCCGUACCCGGUGAUCCUGAUCCUGCUCAUGGUCUCGCUCCUGCUGGGCGUCUCGUGGUUCUUCACCUACGAGGACUUCAUCGAGGAGGCGGCGGAGCAGUUCAGCUGGGCGCUGCUGGCCGUGCCCAUCGCGCUCGUGCUCCUCAUCCGCUGGAUCUCCUCCGUCGACUCCUUCGACGGCUACUUCUUCGGAUUCUACCCCAGCGAGCGCCGCUGGAGGCCCGGCUACGGGAGCGCCCCCGCUGAGGGAAGCUCGCCCUGGGGCGUCGCCAUGCUCGUCCUGCUCCUCAUCGUGCUUGCCAGCUUCCACGAGACCAUCCGGGACAUGUGGCGGCCAUGAUCGAAUCCAUCCGGCCUCGUCUGUCCUGAUGAUGAACACGUACGCGUGAUUCGGUCUCUCCGCCUCCUGUAGCGCUCGAUUUCUCAUGCUUUUUCUUGCGUGCUUGGCUGAUCGCUGAUCCUAUUUAUACGCACGCAUGUUUGCGCUUGUACUUCUUGUUCCAUCGAUGCUGUACAUAUAUAAUACGGAUUCUGCAACUGGCUAGAUUACAGAGUGAGGGUGAUACUCGAUUAGCUGCAUGUAUCACUGGUUCUGUUUUUGUGUGUGUGUUAUAAUAUAGUUCUGGUUUGCUUUAUGUUUCGAA